UCCCGGGCUGUCACAUGAUCCCGUCGGGGGAUAACUAGGAAAUUGUGUGUUUUGGGUGAAGGAAGAGGACCUGAUGCUCUAAUUCCAGUCUGCAGCCAUGUCUCUUCACAAAAACUGCUCGUUUCUUGUUCUGAUAGCGAUAAAUAUUUACGCUCUCGUGUCCAGCGACGCAGUAAACUUCGGCGCCUCAGAUACGGCGGACAGACUUAGACAAACUCCGUCUUUGAGCCCUGCUGUGGUCAACUCUCCUGUUGUUUUCAAGCCUGUGUCGGACUCUUCAUUGUCCCUGCUGGCGUCCCUCCCAGAAGACCUGGAGAUAAACGACUACUGUAGCGACCUGCUCCUCAUAUUUGGACAGCGGUACGUGGCCUAUGUGAACUGUUUGGUACGUGCCGCUCGACCUGUCAUGGUGUGUCAGAACUGUUCGGCCGGUUAUAGCAGCCUCCUGGACAUGUACACCAACAUCUCAUCAGACCAGGUGGGUCCUGGUAAUGUGAGCUGCAGGGACAGUCUUCUGCGCAGUGAUCGGCUGAUGCUGGUGUUUCAACUGUACAACAACCUGAAAAAUCUGUGGGACAGUUCAGGCUGUAAAAACUGUAUCGCUGCAGGACUUCAGAGCCCAACCAAUGACACACUGUACUUCAUGGCAACUCUACACCAAACUACGAGCUGCUUUGAUAAGUAUCAACAUGGGAAUCACACAGAGCUCUGCAAAAACUGUAAGAACACAUACAAAGACCUGAAUGAGCUGUACAGCAGAAUGGAGAAGAAUCAGACUCUGUGUAUCGACAUAGAGGAUGCGAUGAAUAUGACCCGCAAAGAGUGGAGUAAGAAAUUCAAUUGUUCCUUCCCCCGUGAGGAGACGGUGCCUGUCAUCGCUGUGUCCAGCUUCAUGCUCUUUCUGCCCAUCAUCUUCUACUUGAGCAGCUUCCUUCACUCUGAACAAAAGAAACGCAAGCUCAUACACCCCAAGCGAGCCAAGUCGUACACCAGCUUGAUGAACAUUCAGGACAAACAGAGCUGAAGAGGAGAGAGGUAAUCACUGGAAUAGACAAAGGUUUUUAUUAAAAGUUACAACCUGGGAGCAGAUUUGACUUCUCACCACCUCGUGCCUGAGGUUUGUCGGACCUCAACAGCAGCUUUACUGCUGGUUUUCUAUGGGGGGCUGUGAUACCACUCAGUAUUCUAAGGACUUCAAGGAUUAAAUUAAAAUGAAGCUGAAAGUGAGAUGCACUGGAAAUUUUUAUUGCUCAAACCAGACUUUUGGCACAUUGAAUGUUUGCUUUCACAUCCUUACAACUAUCUUCUCAAAAUUUAGUAAAUGGUGUUGGAAAAAAUAAAAUAGAAGUGUACAGAUUUCAGUUUUUCUCAGAUUUAUAGCAAAAGCAAAAAAAAAAAAAGAAAAAAGAAAACAAAAGACAAAAAAACUUAAGAAACUGUCCACAGACUGAGUUUCCCUCCUAUUGCCAGAAUUAAAAAUCAGCUUUGUGAACAUGUAUCAGGUUGGGACAGGGCCUGUGUUGGAAUCAACGUAUAUCUGACUUCAUAAACUACUAAUCAGAUGGUUGUUCAUGUUGCUGCACGGUACGAUCUUGAUCCUCACAUUGAUCCCGGUCUUUCUUUCCUUUCAACUCGUUAACAAUCUUCAGGUUGUUCAGCGCAUCCUGCAGUCUGAGACACACAGCUAUCACUAGAAAGAGUGAGUGGCUUGAAUGCUGUGUGCGUGUGUGUGUGCGUGUGUGUGUGCGUGUGUGUGUGUGUGUGUGGUGGUGGUGUGUGUGUGUGUGUGUUUGUGAGUGUGUGCACAAGUGCGCAAGUGAGCUGAAGGUGUGUAUGUGCUCUAUUUAUGGGUCGGGUUGAGAGAUGGGUUUUCUGCCUCUAAUAUAUGUCCAGAAGAGAGCUGCAAAAAGGAAGCACUUGAUGUCCAUUAGUGGUGACAUGUAUCGGCUGUAAGAAGAGGGGGUGUGCACGUCAGCAGGGCUGGGGUGGGGUGGGGGUAAAUAAAGACAUAACACACAUAAUGUAAGAGCACUCCAAAGUACCACACUGUGAUGUUGCCUGUUUUCCAGGCAGUGGUUUUUUUUUUUUUGUUGUGUGUGGUUGCAUAAAGCUUUUAAUGUGCUUUGUUGUCAUUUUCCACUGAUGUUUAACUUAAUUUGUUUAGAGUUUCUGACUGCUCAUGACGCUGGAGUCUCCUUUAUGAGUUAUAAAUGUUGAACUGAUGAAUUAAAAAUGCAUUUGCCUUGAAUUAAUGUAAACCUUAAUGUUGAACGAACAAACCCCAAUAAACAUUUCUAUGUCAUGAA